AUGAAACGCCACGGCGGCGACGAUGAUUUAGGCCCAUCUGAUAACCAUGAAAGUGCAAAAUCUGGUAAGCGACAGCGCCCAGAUAGCUAUCAGGAAGCGCUGGCAGCUGGUAAAUAUGAAUUAAGAUUGCUGGUGUCCAGUCGUGGAGCCGGUGGAAUCAUCGGCAAAGGUGGCGAAAAUAUUAAGCGAUUAAGAUCGGAGCGGUAUCCAAAGUGUAGUUACACUGUUAUCGAAAUGUGUACUGCACUGAGUGAUCCUGCAGUUCUGUUACUUGGACGGUUUAAAAUUUCAUCCUUUGCUUUGCAGUACGAUGCGAAUGUCACAGUCCCCGAUAGCCAAACUCCUGAACGAAUUGCCACUGUUGUUGCGACAAUAGAAAAUGUACUCUCAAUUGUUACCGAAAUUAUUCCAAAACUUGAUGAUAGUCGUGAAGGUGAUUCCAAUCGUCCAAUAGAGCUUCGUGUUUUGGUACAUUCUUCACAUGCUGGUGCCGUUAUCGGGCGUCAAGGGUCGAAAAUUAAAGAAAUGAAGGAAGAACUUGGUGUGCAAAUGAAGGUAUUUGCACAGUGUCCACCUCAAUCAACAGAACGUGUUGUAUCAAUUAAGGGAGUUCCCGACAAAAUAAUAGCUUGCGUGAACCAUAUUAUGAAUAUGCUUAAAGAGAUUCCAAUCAAAGGAGUAACGAAGCCGUAUGAAUCAAUGUUCUAUGAUCCAAGCUACUCAGCUGAGUAUGGUGGAUAUCCACCAGAUCGAAACUAUCGUGGUCCAAUGAUCCGUGGACCAAUGGCAAUGACUUCAUACGGUAAUUAUGGUCGCAGUUUUCCACGACAAGUUGGCGGACGUGGCCCCUUGUCAGCUGUUGCGUUGCCACCAUAUAUGGGCCCGGAAGAAAGCACUCAGGUCACAAUACCAAAUGAGCUCGGUGGUACUAUAAUUGGUAAAGGCGGUGAGCGAAUCAAUAGAGUACGUGAAGAAUCAGGAGCUCAGAUCGUUGUUGGACCACAGCAGGAAUCUGGUGAACGUAUCAUAACGAUUACUGGUACCUCAACAGCUAUUCAAACAGCCCAAUAUUUGUUACAGCAGUGAGUAGUUCAUGCUUUUAUGAUGUCUCAAGCCAAUAUAGAAAGUCAAGCUAAGAAUAGCAGUACAGCAAAUACCCCAUUGUUAAUUCAUCAUAAACAUCCAAAUGAACUGAUCGGUUAUACUUUUUUCAGUGUUCGCCAAUCCGUUGCGGGACGAAGAUAUUUAAACGAAAUCUAA